AAAAGCCCCGUAGAAAUGGAACAGGAGUGGCUUUUGAUCUCCGUUUCAACUAUUUUCGUUCGCCGUCCUCUGCGGAAUCCAGUGCGGGUGUUGACGGCGACGCGCACUACCGCCAUCGUCAUCGCUACAAAGACCUCCUCCUGCCGCCGCUUUCGAUCGCUGAGAAGCUAAUCGUAGUCGUCGUUUCUCGUUGCGCAUCCUCAAUUGAAUGGAGCGACUUUGGACCAGUGAAUCAGUUGGCAGAAACAAAGAGCUGGUAGAUCGUUUGCAGCUGUAUGGAAUUGUCAAGUCAAAAAAAGUGAAAGAAGUAAUGGAGACAAUUGACAGGGGCCUUUUUGUACCUCCUGACAGUACACCAUAUGUUGAUUCUCCUAUGCCAAUAGGAUAUAAUGCAACUAUUUCUGCACCUCAUAUGCAUGCAGCUUGUCUAGAGCUGUUGGCAGAUCAUCUUCAGCCAGGGAUGAGCGCUUUGGAUGUUGGUUCAGGGACUGGCUAUUUAACAGCUUGCUUUGCAAUGAUGGUUGGACCAGAAGGUCAUGCUGUAGGCGUUGAACACAUACCUGAACUAGUUGAUUUUUCAACCAACAACAUCAGAAGCAGUGCAGCUUCAUCAUUUUUAAAUGAAGGUUCCUUGUCUUUGCAUGUUGCUGAUGGGAGACUUGGGUGGCCACAACUGGCACCCUAUGAUGCCAUUCAUGUUGGCGCCGCUGCCCCUGAAAUUCCUCAGCCUCUUAUCGACCAGCUGAAGCCAGGCGGCCGGCUGGUGAUCCCAGUAGGAACAGUUUUCCAGGAUCUGCAAGUCGUCGACAAGAACUUGGAUGGCUCGGUCAAUGUCAGAACUGAAACAUCGGUUCGCUACGUUCCUCUAACCAGUAAAGCAGCUCAGUUGCAUAACAACUAACUCCUUUGCGGUCAGCAAAGAAAUGUUUGCGUCCUGAUGAUGACUAGCUAACACAUUAUCUCGUUAGCCUGUCAAAGUUAUUAAAAUCGUCUGGAGCAUGCACUUAUCCAAAUUUAUUGUGUGCAAUAUAUGCUCCCUGCGCAUUUGGAGAUUCAAAUGGUUCCAGUAUGUGUUUUCCCUGUAGAUAGGGAAUGAAUGGUAUGCUUAUGUUGAUUUGGAAAAACCUCGAACCGCUGUAUAAGUUUUAAUCUUGAUGCAAACUCUGUUCAUCAUUGUAAUGUAGCAACGGAAGAAAGCAAUCUUGAUUUAAAAUCGGCUUUGAGACUGCGAUGGAGCUUCCCCAUCUCUUGGGACACUUCUUCUGCACAUGCUCAACUUGAGCACCAAGGUGCAGUUGGCAGUUAAGAUUUUGUUUUAUGAAUA